CUCUGACACAAAGACGAAGCUGAAAAUGUCUCCAAACAUGACUUGUGAAGCUCUCCAGUCUUUUUCUCCAAGGCUCACUGUGGCCAAAAGAAAGGAAGCUCUUGAGCUCAGAAAGACAAUGAAACCUUUGAUGGAAAAAAGAAGGCGCGCACGUAUCAACGACAGCCUGAACCAUCUGAAAAACCUCAUCCUUCCCCUCACAGGCAGAGAUAAAACUCGCUACUCCAAGCUUGAGAAAGCCGACAUACUGGAAAUGACUGUGAGGUUCCUCAGCGACAUCCCUCCUGUUAGCACCAAAAAUACCGCAGACAGCUACAAGGAAGGUUACAAAGCCUGCCUCCAGCGCGUCUCCACUCUGCUGCCCAAAACCAGCCUGGAUCAAGAAGCCUGUCAGCGCGUCAACGACUUCGUCCAGCAGUCCAUGUCCACCAGCGUCACCCCAACCUGCCUGAACUGCUGCGCUCAGAGCUCCAAGACUUUCCCUCAGAUCCAGCAAAGACUCCUGAGCCUCAAAUCCACCUUCAGCUCCAGACUGGAGAGCCAGUCCCGCAGCAGCAGCAGCAGCGGAGCAGUGGCUCCCAGCAGAGCGCAGUCAGGUCCUCAGGCUGUCAGCGCCGCCAUGUGGAGACCCUGGUAGAACUUCUCCCAAAAGCCUGUGAAAAUACUGUACAGUGUUUUAUUUGUAGGCAGCAUGUUGAGAACUAGCAUCACUUGUAAAUAUGCAUAGUGAUUUACCGCGUCGCUUUCGUUGAUGAACAGUCAGAAUUCAUCUUUAAAUCGUCAUGGUUGAGUAUUAUAUACUUACGUUUAGCGCACGAGUCUGUUGUCCUGUAUAAGUUGACAAGUUUAGACAGUCGUAUUUUUUAAAAUCUGCAUGUAUGUAUACGUUAAAUAUUUAGUCCUUUUUGUGGACUAAAUUAUUAAGGGCUAUUGAAACAGCCCUGUAGACCCAAAGGGUCACUCUGUAUGAAUCUGCACCAGACUUCAGUGUCGUGAGUCUGCGCAGAUGAACUCUGUAGACAUGUAAUGUGUUAUUCCAAGUAUCUCUGUUGGGAUGUUUUAUUUUUGCUAUUUUCAGCAAAUGUUGUAUAUAUGUUAUAUAAAAACAAAUAAAACUACGAUGUCGUGGUAACUUUUGGUCUGUGCUGUGUUUUAUGAUAAUUUGUCGUGCGUUAUUACGCAUCUUGGCGCUCAAGCAUGUUAUAUGAUCGCCAUGCUACGGGCGAAAAAAACCGUUAGCCUAUUUAUUUGCCACGCGUCACACAUGAGGAUAAACUGAAUGAGAUUUGCAUUACGCUGAGGCCUGUAGAGACAUAUCACACACGUCAAAGCGCAAAUAGAAAAAGCAUGUCCAGAGGCUGUCUCAUUCUAGCAAUAGGA